CCCCUCCCCCGGGUCUUCUCUCUCUCUCUCUCUAGUUGAACGGUUAAGCAGUCCCUUCUUCUUCAAUCUUGUCAUAAAAAAAAACCCAUUUUUCUAUUAGUUUCUCAGCUUCUUUAAUCUUUAUAUAUCUCACACUCUCUAAGUUCUUUGGAGAAAAAGGAGAUAUAUAUAUAUACUGAAUUGUGUUUUAUCGAUCAAAAUCUAUGGGGACAAGAGCAAGAAGGAAGCAAAGCUGGUACACGCAGACACUAACGCCAUUAUUGGAAGGACCAAUGGACCCAGAAAUGCAAGAAGAAGGAAACAAGAAGGAGAGAUCUUGGGAAGUAAUCCGAGAAUGGUUUCGAACACAGAAGGGAUCGUCUUUUUCAUCAUCACCAACUAGCUUUUCCAUGUCUAAUUAUUUUUACGGAAACGGAAGCAUACCUCCUGCCAGGAGGCACGAUUUAAGACUUUUGCUUGGCGUCUUGGGUUGCCCUCUCGCCCCUAUUCCGCUACUUAAUCACCCGAUUCAUCACAUUCGCCUCAAAGACAUUCCUAUCGAAACGUCGACAGCGCAUUACAUAAUACAACAAUAUUUGGCAGCAUCAGGAUGCUUGAAACAGCGGCAGAAAUGUGGGGCGAAAAACAUGUAUGCAACAGGGAGGGUGAAGAUGAUAUGUUGUGAGACGGAGAUAUCAAGAGGGUCAGGGAAAGGGAAGAACAUCGUGAAAAGUUUAGGGACAAGGAGUGAAGAAAUGGGUGGGUGCUUUGUGGUUUGGCAAAUGAAGCCUGAGAUGUGGUCUCUUGAGCUUGUUGUUGGAGGCAACAAGGUUAUUGCCGGCAGCGAUGGCAAAACAGUGUGGCGACACACAUCUUGGCUUGGCACACAUGCUGCCAAGGGUCCUCAACGUCCCUUGCGCCGCAUUAUCCAGGGUCUAGAUCCAAAGACAACUGCCAGCUUAUUUGCUAAAGCCCAAUGUUUAGGCGAGAAACGAAUAGGCGACGAAGAUUGCUUCGUCCUAAAAGUAUGCGCCGACCGUGCAGCGGUGAUGGAACGAAACGAAGGACCAGCUGAGGUAAUGAGGCAUGUAUUAUACGGCUACUUUUCCCAAAAGAGUGGGUUACUCAUAUACUUAGAGGACUCCCAUCUAACCAGAGUUCAAACCCAAGAAGAGAAUGAAGGUGGGUGUGCUUGUGCCUACUGGGAAACAACCAUCGGAAGCUGCAUCGGAGAUUACAGAGAUGUGGAUGGCGUGUUGAUAGCGCAUCAAGGAAGGUCGAUCGCCACUGUUUUCCGAUUCGGGGAGCUGUCGAUGCAGCACAGCAGGAGUCGAAUGGAAGAAUUUUGGAGCAUUGACGAUGUUGUUUUCAAUGUUCAAGGACUCUCCAUUGAUUCCUUCAUUCCUCCAGCUGAUAUCUUUGAUCGUUAAUGAAUAUAUAUUAGCUUCACUAA